CUUGAGUGCAAAAAACACAAAAGACCUCGCCACAGCAUCAGCAAAUCUUAAGCAAUAAAUAUCGCGUCUUACCUUUAUUUAUGUGGCAGUGGUCUGCAGAUGCAUCCCGUGGUGUAGCCCAGUGAUUCUUAACCAUAGGGCCGCGGCCCAAACUUGGGCCGCCAGCGCCCCCUAGAGGGCCGCGAAAAACUUUCAGUUUUGCACCUGUGGCCCCCAAGGGCCGCGGGACUUUGUAGUUUAUCAAGUGAAGACAGAGAUAUGUUCUGCAUGAGACGCUCAGUAACUUACAAUGCCGUUUUCGACCACGCGGUGGCGGUAAUGCAUCACGCAGUUGUUUAGGAAGCGCAAAUACACAGAGAAGAAGAGUAUUCUUCGCUCGCUGCGGCAAAUAUGGAUACGUUUUUUAAAAGAAAACAUGACGACAAACAUCCUGACCCCUCCACCCAAAAGACAAAGUUUUUGCGGAAAUACAAUGUCGACUUCAUUAAAUAUGGUUUCGUAAAUGGAGGAACAGAGGCAGUGCCAAAAGCCCAGUGUGUGGAUUGUGGGCUAAUGCUGUCCAACGAAGCCCUCAAGCCCUCAAAACUACAGCGGCAUCUAGAGACCAAGCACCCGAUGCUCGUGGGAAAGCCGGUGGAUUAUUUUAAGAGGAAGGAGAGUGGACUGCAGAUGCAGAAAAGGUCUGUCGUGUCACUGACGAGCAACUCUAAAUGUGCAUUGAAAGCGAGCUACCUCGUAGCCAGACGUGUUGCACAGACUAAGAAGGCAUUCACCAUAGCGGAGGAGUUGGUUCUGCCUGCCGCUGUUGAUAUGUGCCGUGAGAUGAUCGGAGAGGCCGCUGCGAAAAAGCUGCUGACCAUCCCACUUUCAAACGACACUGUGAGUCACCGUAUCGCAGACAUGGCCUCAGACAUACAGCAUCAACUUAUAGAAAGAAUAAAAAGUAGCCCUUUUUUUUCUUUGCAACUAGACGAGUCCACGGAUGUCACGAAUGCUGCACUGCUGCUAGUUUUUGUUCGCUAUCGCUGGGACAGUAGUUUGCACGAAGACAUACUGUUUUGUGGAGAGCUACCAACACGCACUACGGCUCAGGAAUGUUUCCGCUGCAUGGAUAACUACUUCACUGAGAACGGCCUGGACUGGCAGAACUGCGUCGGGGUGUGCAGCGACGGUGCAGCAUCAAUGACUGGCAGGCAUCAUGGUGUCAUUAGACAGAUACUUGAUCGUGCACCAGAAGCUAAAUGGACACACUGUUUUCUCCACCGCGAAAGACUUGCAGCAAAAAAGAUGUCACCAGAUCUCCACCAGGUGAUGGAUGUAAGUGUGAAAACCAUAAACUUUAUUAAAAACAAUGCAGUGAACUCCAGAUGUUUUGCUAAGCUUUGUGAGGACAUAGAAGCAGAUAAUGUCCAGCUGCUAUAUCACAGUGAAGUGAGAUGGCUCUCAAGAGGACUGGUCCUCAAUCGUUUGUUUGAACUGAGGAAUGAGGUCUUCUCUUUUCUCACUGAGAAAAAAUCUCAUCUUGCACAUUACUAUGCUGACACAAUGUUCACAGCAAAACUUGCCUACCUCUGUGACAUUUUUUCACUACUGAACCAACUGAACACCUCACUUCAAGGAAGAAACAGCAACAUAUUUUUUGUUGCAGACAAAGUUGAAGCUUUCAAGAGGAAACUUGCUUUGUGGACCAAGAGGGCCCAGGAAAAGAGGAUGGACAUGUUUCCACUUUUGUCUGACAUUUUGGAAAACUCCCCUCAUGUCAAUAUCAUGUCAAUAUCAGUGACAAUAUCACCCCCCUUUUUUUGUCUUUUUUCUUUUUUUUUUAUUAAUUUAAAGUAAAAUCCUAAUAUUGGUCUUUUUUUAAAAUUAUUAUUAAAAAUCCUGACUCGAUUCUUGAAAAUGUUCUUGUCACAGCCUGAUUUGGUCCAGGAAUUAUCAGCCUGUUCAUUGUCAUGAUACAGUAUGUGUUACAUACACAUGUUUAAUAAAAGUCUUUGUGAUGAUCCCAUUUUAUCAUUUCAUUUUAUUUUACAAGGUUUUUGCUUGUUAAACAGUAAGUUGAUUUGGUUUAUUAUUGAAUACAAAUUAAACCGAGAGUGAGGUCAGUUAAACCUAUACAGUGUUAGUAUUUAGUGGGCCCCGGGCCACUUUGUACUUUAAAAAUUGGGCCUCAAGGUCAAAAAGGUUAAGAACCCCUGUCCAUUUAGUUCAACAGGUUAUCGUUCUGAUACUGUCCAUGGUACUAGCAACCUGCUCUGGUGCUUCUUACUUAUGUAUUCAGG